GUCCACAUUGCUUGCCAGGCGUGUGUCAAGCAAGACCUUGAUCUCAGAUUGAGCACAAUCACAGGAAAACUACAAGAGCGUCCUUGCGGCACCCCACUAUCUGGCCUUUUGCAAGCCUGAGCGGAGAGGAGAGGAGGUGUGCGCGCAGCCUACAUUCUGAUUGGCGAUAUAGCGAAUUUGGGAUUUGGCGCGCGCGCAUUGGUGUUCGGUUCGGCCGGGGGACGUAAGAAUGAGCGCAGGGAGGGUGUGCGACUGGCUGGAAAGCGGAUGGGAUGGGUCCAAGAAUAGAUGGCAGGCGGAGCAGCGUCUUGCUGCGAUUUGUAGACAUGCCACUCGUCAGCCAUCCGCCAGACAUCCUUGGCUCUUCACGCUCGCCAUGAUAGCCGCCGUGGCGGGUGCGACGUGGGUCUUGAAAUGGGCGCGCAAGCUCGUCUGGAGCAGAGACGGUGCCAGCAGCGACCCUGCACGCAAGGAGAGCUACAGGCAUUUUUCUCAUAUUGCGCUCAAUGCAGAAGCGCACUCCGAGUGGAUCAAUAUGGGUCUGUGGGAUAGACCUGCGCUGCAUCAGGACCACAAGCUUGCGCAGCCAGAUCGGUCGUUCGGCACUCUUUCGCAGCACGACCAUACGAGGGAUUGGUGGAACGGUUUUGGACCUAUCGCAUUGCAUCAAGACGCUUUCCUAUCUUCUCCUAACAUUCACGACUUUUUCCCCACCCGUUCCUUUCCAAGGGCGUGUCAAGCGCUCGCCUCUUACCUCAUCCAUCGCGCCUCGCUUCACUUGCCCAGCAAUGUCAAGAUCUACUCCGACCUUCAAGGCUCGACGGCAAACUUGAACGACUUGGCAAUUUUGGACGUGGGACACGGGUGCGGAGAUUCCUUGCUCUUGCUGGCCAGAACAUUGCGACCUCGACGUUUGCAUGGCGUCACCUCCUUGCCCGCACACGCCGACCGAGCUCGCAGCCGUUUGCGCACCUUUUACGAUGCUCGGUCCAGAUCGCUUGCGCAGUGCGAUACACUCUCCACGACAACCUUUGAGCAAACGAACGAAGCGGGUCAGGUAUGGUGUGGAGACGCCAUCGAGUUCCUUGACAGCUAUCAUCGACAGGAUGAAGAGCUCAAAUGGGAGAGGUAUGAUCUGAUCUAUGGACUGGAUUGCGCGUAUCACUUUCGCACGCGGGAGAAGUUUCUGCAGCUGGCGAGCCAAAGGCUCAAGCCGGGAGGUGUGUUGGUGUUGUUCGAUCUCGUCGCAGCUUGGCCGUACCCGCUCGACAGAUCGAAUCAGACGAUCCGCUCCUCAUCUACAAUCUCACCACAACAGUCGUCCAACGACUUCAGCAUAUUUCACGCAGACCACAAAACGCCGAUAGCAUCGCCUCCGACGCUCUCUACCCGUUUGCUGCACAGACUAACCAUGCGUCUUUCCGGAGUGCCUUCCACCAAUCUCAAGGACGUAUCCCAAUACCUCUCCGACCUCAAAGCUGCGGGGUUGCAGCCCGUCGAAGUGCAGGACGUCUCUUCCAGCGUCUUUCCGGGCUUUUCCACCUUCCUUCAGGGUCUGGGCAAAGGCGGAGAGAACACUGUCAGGGAUGAAUGGAAUGCCGACUUUAUCGGUCUGAGGGGCUUUGGAAGGAUCGUCAAUCGCUGGGCAAAAGGAGGAGCCGAAGGAGCUGUGAGAGCCGUCGUCACCACAGCCAAGAAGCCGCGCGAUGCGCAGUGAUCAUUGUGGACACGGAAAGGAGCGCAUGUUCUCAUAUUCGUGAGCCCAUUCUUCGAAAUCUCGCUGAAAAUUGGUGACAAUGAGGAGACCGAGGCCGGACGAUGGCCUAGCGUACAGAUUGUGAUGCACAGAAGCAAAAUCACGACGCUCUUCCAGCUGCUCG